AUGGAUCAGUCGGAUAUUAUUUCUGCUAGAGAAGCAGAGAUCGCAAGCCUGAAAACAAGAGUACAUGAGUUGGAAGACGCGUUAAAGCAAAUUGAUCCAUCGCACCCAUUACUAAAGGAAUCAAUAAAUGUCGAAUCUGUCCGAGCCGAGACGGAGGCACUAAAGAAUCAAGUGAAUGAGCUGACAAAGAGUAAUGAACACUUGAGGAAAUCAGUCGAUGAUCUACAGGCAGCCGCUGCAAAUCCAAGUUUGGAGGCACUUCCGUCGUCUGGACGACAAUUGACACAUAUAACUAAAGCCAGACCAAAUCCACGAAAGCAAAGAUCUUCGGAUAUGCUGAGUCCCAAGGACGAGAAUUUGGAGAAGGUUUCUGAGAGUGAAAAGGCUGUUGAGGCCGCUCCUGUUGAUCCUGAAGCAGAAUUCAGAAAGAAAAUCAGUAAUAUGGGAGGUGUUAAUCCUUUGAUGGGAAUGAACCCUGCAGCCAUGCUCUCUGGAUUGAAGAAAACAGGCGGCUCAGGAAACAAUUUGCCAAACAGUCUACCUACCAAACCAGAAAAGGCUCCUUCUGGCUCUAGUCUAGGUAUCGAUGUUGCUAAAGAACCCGUCAAAGAAAAAGAACCGAUAAGAGAAUCAAUGCAUAUAAAGCAACAAUCUCAGAUCGCAAAGGAGCCCGUCAAAGAGUCUGUGAAGGAGACAUCAUCGCAUGUCAAGGAAAGCAGCACUUCUCGAGACUCUAGGACUGCAAGCCCAAUGGCAUCACCAAGACCGGCCUCUACACCGACUAGCCUUGCCGACGUGAAAGAGACGAAACCUGUAGGGAAAGUUGAGUCAAGACCUACUAGUAUGGUUGGGACGACUGCUGGAUCAGUCAAAGCAUUAGCUGGAGUCGCAGCCGCAGCAGUAGAGAAAGCAGCAUCGACCACACCAUCGAGUAAUAGUGUCCAAGGCAGAUUAUCUACAUCGAGAACGAGCACUCCACCUAUAAAUGUAAAUCAAGCUUCGCCAACUUUGACAGCAGCACCAGUUCUUCCGUCACCAACAGCAGGUGCUGCCGCACCCCCGAAACCAUCCCGAGCAGGUGUCUCGCCAACGAAAGGUGCUAGUGGAUCUCCGCUCAACUCUAAGCCCAGCACACCAGCAGCUGAAACUUGUGCACCACCGCAAGCCUUCACAUCGCCAAAAAUAGCUGGACCUGAAGGCGAGAUCCGUUCAUGGAUUGCUGAAAAGACGGGUGAUUCUGGCAUCAAUGAUGGAAGCAAAGAUUUGCAGGUUUUACUCAAGGACGGUGUCCUUUUAUGCCAUUUGGUCAAUGCAUUGGGAGUCUCAAAUCCCAUCAAGGUCAAUACUGGAAAGUUCCAAUUCAAUCACGUUGAAAACAUCAACAACUACCUGAUGCGUGCAGAAACUGGUUUUGGACUGAAUAGGACAUUGAAAUUUGAAGCAUCUGAUUUGACUGAAAAUUCCAACAUGGGCAAGGUAUUGGCUCAUAUUCAAGCUUUGAAAGCAAAGAUCGCAGAGAAAAAGUAG